AUGGUGAGGGCAGAGAGGACAGUGAGGACAGGGAGGACAGUGAGGGCAGAGAGGACAGUGAGGGCAGAGAGGACAGUGAGGACAGUGAGGAAAGUGAGGACAGACAGUGAGGACAGAGAGGACAGUGAGGACAGUGAGGACAGUGAGGACAGUGAGGACAGUGAGGACAGUGAGGGCAGAGAGGGCAGAGAGGACAGUGAGGACAGUGAGGGCAGAGAGGACAGUGAGGACAGUGAGGGCAGAGAGGACAGUGAGGGCAGAGAGGACAGUGAGGACAGUGAGGACAGUGAGGACAGUGAGGGCAGAGAGGGCAGAGAGGACAGUGAGGACAGAGAGGACAGUGAGGACAGUGAGGACAGACAUGAGGACAGUGAGGACAGUGAGGACAGUGAGGACAGUGAGGACAGUGAGGCCAGUGAGGACAGUGAGGACAGCGAGGACAGUGAGGACAGUGAGGACAGUGAGGACAGUGAGGCCAGUGAGGACAGUGAGGACAGUGAGGGCAGAGAGGACAGUGAGGACAGUGAGGACAGUGAGGCCAGUGAGGACAGUGAGGACAGCGAGGACAGUGAGGACAGUGAGGACAGUGAGGACAGUGAGGACAGUGAGGCCAGUGAGGACAGUGAGGACAGCGAGGACAGUGAGGACAGCAAGGACAGUGAGGACAGUGAGGGCAGUGAGGACAGUAAGGACACAAUUGAGUCGCCCACAUGA